AUGGCAAGUGGUGAUUCUAUAAAGGAAAUGACAAGUAAGUUUGAAAAACUGAACAAGUUUGAAGGGCAAGAUUUUCAUAGAUGGCAGAAGAAGUUAAAGUUUCUCCUUACCACUCUGAAAGUGGUGUAUGUUCUGAGUACACCCAUGUCAGUCUUACCAGAAUCUGUUGAAGAUGAACCUUUGGAGGCAACAAGAAGAAGAUCAAAGUGGGAAAAUGAUGAUUACAUAUGCUAUGGUCAUAUUCUCAAUUGUAUGUCUGACUCUCUAUUUGAUAUCUAUCAAAAUUUCAAAUCUGCAAAAGAACUGUGUGAUUUUCUUGAAUCCAAGUACAUGGCUGAAGAUGCUUCUAGUAAGAAGUUUCUUAUUAGUAACUUCAUGGGUUACAAGAUGAUUGACUCCAGGCCUGUUAUGGAACAAUUCCAUGAAAUAUUAAGGAUUCUUGGACAGUUUGCUCAACAAAAUUUGAAAAUGGAUGAAGCCAUUUAUGUGGCUGUGAUCAUUGACAAACUGCCCCCUUCCUGGAAGGAUUUUAAACACAAUCUGAAACAUAACAAAGAGGAAUUGACUUUGACUCAACUUGGAAUCCAUUUAAGGAUUGAAGAGUCCAUAAGGACUCAAGAACGUGACAACAAUCCUAAAGGCAAGAACCAAGAUGAUAAUGUUACAUGGUGGGUUGAUUCGGAAGCAACAAGUCAUGUUUUCAAAGAUAUAUAUUGGUUCAAUGACUUUCAACCAAUUGAAGAUGAGAAAUGGAUUUGUAAGAAUCUCGUGUCUGAAAUUGUAUUAAAUAAUUGUGGUUACAAACAAGUGUUAGAAAGUGACAAGUAUAUCUUGUCAAGACAUGAGUCAAGAGAUGCUAUCUUUGAUGAAGAAAGAUUUAUAUUUAUACCUAGACCAAGGGACGCGAUUCAUCAAUCUUACAGCAAGAAUACUACUCAAGCUGAAGAUGUUUCUGGUGGUGCAAAUUCUAUACCUGAACCUAGGAAAAGCACCAUAGCUAGAAAAGCUAAGUCUUUUGGAUCUGAUUUUUAA